AUGUCCAAGGGUCGUUCCAUCUUUGCCCUGGCGAUUGCUGCGCUCGCCGCUACCGCGCAAUGCCAGCAACUCAGCUAUGAAGACAGCAUCACGGCUCUGGCAUACGGCAAUGUGGCCACCGAGAACUCUUCCGAGGGAACGGUAUGGCUCAACGUUACUGGGUUCGCGGUAGAUAAACUUCCACACAUCCAGAACGACCUGGGAAUCCACACUUUGGACAAUCUCGAAACGCUCAAUGCCAUCGCUGGCCUUGCACAAGACGCCGCGAAGAGAGGCCAGUGGGGAGACAUUGUCUACUUGCACAGUGCCUUCGCGAUGAAUGGCCACGGCGAGUACCUCAAUGUCUCGACUGCAGAGAUGCAGGAGUCACUCUUGGACGCUAUUACAGAUCAGGACAGUGGCAAAGUCGAUUCCCAGCUGGCCGAGCUAUACGCCAGUACCUCAAGCUCAAAAUUCUUGGUUGAAGUUUUCCACAGUGUCAAAUCGAAGACGAACCCCCAAAGCAAACGUUGGCUUAAAGAAGUUUGUUCAUCUGCCCAUCUUGCUGCCAAGAACUCUUGUCGAAGUCUCCUGGAGAAUGUCAGAGGCAAUGCCACGUGGAAGUCGGGCAGCCCCCGGAGUAUCUGCAGAAAAGGUUGCUGUAUCAGUUGGAGUGCGAAUGCCACUUUCCAGGUUCAAAAUCUCACCAAUGCUGCGAACUAUUGCAUCAACGCGUGUGGUACGAGUAGUGUCAGUUGUGAGGUGUAUGGUGUCAAGCUUCAAGGAACUCUUGUGGAUCAGUGCUUGAGUAACAGAGCGACUAAUUGCAGGUAA